AUGAAUGACAAACCUCAUGAAUGUCCAGAGUGUGGGAAGAGAUUCCGUCAUCUUGGAAAUAUGAGGAGCCACUCAGUGGUGCAUUCAGAUGAAAGACCUUUUGAGUGUGCUGAGUGUGGCAGAAGAUUUAAGGAACGUAGGGCCCUAAUAAAGCACCUGUUAGUGCAUACAAAUGAGAAACCUCAUGAAUGUCCAGAGUGUGGGAAAAAAUUCAGGACACCUGGAAAUAUGAAGAGUCACAUGUUGGCACAUAAGGACGAAAAACCUCACGAGUGUCCAGAGUGUAGGAAAAGAUUCAAUCUGCUUGGAAUUCUAAAGAGUCACAUGUUGGUUCAUACGGAUGACCAACCUCAUGAGUGUCCAAAGUGUGGGAAGAAAUUCCGUCAUCUUCGAAGUAUGAAGAGGCACUCGAUGGUGCAUUCAGAUGAAAGACCUUUUGAGUGUGCUGAUUGUGGCAGAAGAUUUAAGGAAAGAAGUGCCUUAAUAAAGCACAUGAUAGUGCAUACAGAUGAGAAACCUCAUGAAUGUCCAGAGUGUGGGAGAAAAUUCAGGAUGCUUGGAACUAUGAAGACUCACAUGUUAGUGCAUAAGGAUGACAAACUUCACGAAUGUCCAGAGUGUGGGAAAAAAUUCAGGCAGCUUGGAAUUAUGAAGAGUCACAUGUUGGCACAUACGGAUGGCAAACUUCAUGAGUGUCCAAAGUGA